CGUAAUAAGGACAUUCGCGCGAAUAACUUCAAGUGGAGUGAACUGAAAUCAAUGAACACCGUAAACCUAUUAAUAGCCGAGUCAAGGGAAAAGGUGAUAGUUUGCCGCCGAUGCAAAAUGGCCAGGACCAACCAUAGAAAUACCCCCAAUGUUUAUAGCAACAGAUUUAGCAUUGACUAGCUGAUGCCAGCUCGCCAUGCAACGUUUGGUGUCCGUUAUGUUAAACUUGUAACUAGCUAGGCUAGGAGUUUAAAGUCCGACAUAAAUAUUAGACCUCCCCCAAACUUUUUUGUUUUUUUUUGUUUUCUGAAAUAAAAGGCGUAGCUUAGGAAAGAAGAUGGCCUUAAUGCAUUGGGUAGCACAAGCUAUUUCCUUCCUUCCUAGCUGGCUAUAAACUGGCUGCGGGUUAUUUUGUAAUGUUAAACUGCCACUGAGGCAAUGAGGACCAACCGACACAACACUGAUUGGCAACCAUUGAUGUUACCCGUGACACCAAAGACCCGAGGCGUGCUUAAAAAUACGAGACCUGUGCACCUCCGCAGGUCCACACAGUAUCAUCGUCUGUUCACAUGACUACUCAUCACCUGAUUGGUCGAGGGAUACGGUUUUGAGUCAAUUCAUCAGCAUGUGGAAAUUCUGCACUGAACUUCAAGAAGUCAUAUGAGAAAGACAGCUUCCGCAUUCAGAGAACAGUUAUUGAGAGCUAAUGUUAAAAGUUUAGAUAGACCUAUAGAGUAGACUAGCUGCUCGUUAACGUUAAAGUGUGACGAUAAAAUGCUAAGAUGAGAAUACUUCGUAUACUACUGAAUACAAUUGUAAUUUCUGCCUUCUUUUACCUGCCGUUUUUAGAGGCUAAACCGCCACAUAUAAUCUUCAUUUUAGCUGACGAUUUAGGGUGGAAUGAUGUGGGUUUUCACGGGUCCGAAAUUAAAACUCCUAACCUGGACAGAAUGUCCAAAAGUGGAGUCCAACUGGACAACUAUUACGUUCAGCCAUUAUGCACACCCUCUCGGAACCAGCUGAUGACGGGGAAAUACCAGAUCCACACUGGUAUGCAGCACCAGAUCAUAUGGCCAUGCCAACCCUACUGUGUGCCACUGGAUGAAAAGCUUCUACCUGAGCAUCUGAAGGAGGCAGGCUAUGCCACACAUAUGGUGGGCAAGUGGCAUCUUGGCAUGUACCGCAGAGAAUGCAUGCCCACGCGUCGUGGGUUUGACUCCUAUUUUGGUUACCUAACAGGCUCUGAAGACUACUUCACCCAUCAGCGCUGCUACCAUAUUUCUGAGCUGAAUUUGACACGCUGUGCACUGGACCUGCGUGAAGGGGAGGAGGUUGCUUCAGGAUACACUGGGACUUACUCCACCCAUCUCUUCACACAGAAAGCCAUUGAUCUCAUUGGCCAACAUGACCCCACCAAGCCCCUCUUCCUAUAUCUAGCCCUCCAAGCAGUGCACGGCCCUCUGCAAGUUCCUGAGCGCUACACCGCCCCUUACAGCUUCAUCAAGGACCCUCAUCGCAGACUUUACGCAGGGAUGGUGUCAGCCAUGGAUGAAGCUGUGGGAAACCUGACGGAGGCUCUGAUGACUCAUGACCUCUGGAAUAACACUGUGCUCAUCUUCUCCUCAGAUAAUGGAGGACAGACUCUGGAGGGGGGCAGCAACUGGCCUCUGCGUGGCAGAAAAUGGUCCCUGUGGGAAGGAGGGGUGCGGGCCGUUGGCUUUGUUAAUAGCCCUUUGCUGGAGAAACCUGGCACCACAAGUCGUGAACUCAUCCAUAUCACUGAUUGGCUGCCUACACUGUUGAAACUGGCGGGUGGUUCAACCAAGGGGAUAAGAACCCUAGAUGGCUUUGAUGUUUGGAAAACUAUCAGCAAAGGGAUGUCUUCUCCCAGACUCGAGAUACUUCAUAACAUUGAUCCACUCUACGUGGACAUUGCACCUUGUUCAAGUGAUCCUGGGCUGACCUUACCUCCAGAAUCUGCUCAAAGGCCUCAGUCUGUUGUCUCCAGAUUCAACCACUCUGAUGGGUUCGAUGUUCACAUCCACGCUGCCAUCCGCUACAGAGAGUGGAAGCUACUGACAGGCUACCCAGGCUGUCCUCUUUGGUUUCCCAGGCCAGGAUCAGUGUCUGGUCCCAAGCCCUCUCACUGGUGCCCCACCCCAAAGGCAGCAAUCCGCUUGUAUAAUGUGGUGCAAGACCCUGAGGAGCGGGACGAGGUGUCUGCACUCAACCCUAAGAUGGUAGACUUCCUUCUCCGUCGACUUCAGCACUAUCAGAGGAAUGCCAAGCCUAUUGUUUUUCCAGAUGAUGACCCAAAAUGUGACCCUGGACCCAAGGAAGCCUGGGGACCCUGGGCAUAAGUGUGCGGGCAUGGAUGUGUUAGGAAGAAGCCAUGGAUGAUGUCUGAUGGGUCUCAACCAGGGCUGUGUACUGGAAGACUGCUAUGGAUGAUGUCUGAUGUGUCUCAACCAGGGCUGUGGAAACGGGUGAUGAUGGAGGUGUUUGGGGGAGACUGAUUUAAAGUUGUGUCACUUUUAUGCUGCAUUUGACUAGGUUGCUCAAAGCUUUUAUUUGGCCUACGAUCUAGGGGGUGUAAAAGAAUAACAAUACUCAGAUUAAUAAUGUGUUAAAGUAGCUAAUACGCUAGUUUCUUUUUAGUAAUUCAAUUACACAAUUUCAUGAUCAACAUAACUUAGUCAAGCAACUGAACUGUAGUUAAUCUCCACUGUAGGUAGUCUCCAAUGCCAAUUUCCUGCCACAUAGUGAUUGCGGUCUCUCCUAAAAACAAAAAAAGUGGCGCUAAUAUAAGCUUCAGAUCCACUAUGAAAUUCAUAGAGAUGCUUCGCACAUAUAAUACAUAACUAGAAAUUGAAACAAUAGCCUACUCAUGCGUAGGGCUCUAAAGCCAUAAGUCCUCCCCAAACUCUGAGGACCCCAAAACUCUUUCCAAGGCCUCAAGAUAAUCUUUGGGUGUGGCCUAAACCAAGGACCAUCCAAUUGAUGAGGUAAUUUUCUUUUCCGUUAUUCAUUUAAUUAUUACCAUAAUUAGAGUUCCAAAUUGAUAUAUUAGUACAUUUUAUGGGCUGAUUUAUGACAGAUUUUUAUUUUGGCCACUAUCGUAGACCCCCACACUUUGUGUGGCGCCAGUGGCGUACUGCGGCCAAUACUAUAAUUGUAUUACUUUCUUGUGAUUUAUUUUUUGGUAAUUUUUUGAUAAUAGUUGUUUUCCCAAAUGGCCGAAUUUAGAAUAUGGUGCUGUUUUGUAGUGGCGCGGUCUCCCUAGCGUCCACUUUGCAACGUAUUAGUUCGACAGUUUGUAAACAAUCCCCCGCGACCUGGGCCCUGUUCUUCGUAAAGGGCUGAAGCUAAGUUAAUCAAUUGUCCUUUUAGCCCCGUUAACAUUAGCGAGCUGAUUGAGAACAGGAAAUAUCGGGUCGUCAACGGCUGAUCCGCCUCCAAAUCAUGUGGUUAAUUUCAACCAGGCUAAACUUAUCAGGGCAAUUGCGCGUGCACGUCAUACUUCAAAAGGCAGGAAAGGUCGAUCACCAAGACAAUGAUUUUCUAACGGU